AUGGGAGAAAACACAUGGGGAGCUGCCACCGAGGCGGCCUUUCAAAGAGGAGACGAAGCAGCAGCACAAACUCUCUUGCAAGGGCUAAUCGAUGAAGUCCGACAGCGUCACCAGCACAAGCAGCAAGAACAUCAGGAAAAUCAGGUCAACAAGCAGCCUCUUCAGCACACUAAAAAGUCCUCUUCAGUGCUCACAGCCCUGAGAGACAUACGGGCCCCACUCGCAUUCGCCCUUCAGGUGUUUGAAGCCCAGAAGGGGGCCCUUAGUUCCUUGAAGGGAAAUAAUUCAUCCCUUGAGGGUUUCCUUGCCCCCUUUUCUUCUGAUAAUGUAUGUAAUUGUGAGUUUGGAAGCCAUUCAAUGAGCCCUGUAUCUUCCGAAAGUGACCUCACUGCAGGUGAGCGAGCUUCACGUGCAGUCGCGUAUUCCGGAGACCUCCAGCAUCCGCUUCUGUGGCAUUCAGUCACUGCAACUGCUCAUGGACUUUUGCUUCCUUGGAUGGGGAACAGGCUGCAGCAAGCAGCGGAAGUCGCACAGAAACGAGCACAGAAGCCCCAGCACCAAACUAGCCAACCACGCGUUCUGGAGGACUGCGAGUGUGCUAUACUGCUUCAUCGUCUUUUGGUCGCUGUUGAGAAGCUGGCUGCAGCCGGCGCAGCAGAGACUGCUGAUGCUGUGAAGAAUUUGGGUGGACUGCCCUCCGGAAGCUUCUGCUGCUGCAAAGGGAGGCCCUUUAUAGCUCUGGAGGGGAGCAGUCCAGAAGCACCAGGUACACCAGGGUUGCUAAGUCUGGUGCCCGCACUGUUGCUGCUUCUUGAAGCCUCGUCUAGAGCUGCAGCCCUGCUCCCUGCUGCUUCCCGUACGGCAGCUGCCAUUAUGGAGUUUCUUGUGCAGCAGCAGCUGUAUUCUUUCCUUUGCUGGCAGCAGCAGUCCGAACGGACAAUGCAGCAACAGAGGCAAGAGACGUUUUUUGAUGAGGAGCUACGGCGUUGCGGCGUGAGUGCGCGCCGCUCUGGGUUGUGCCUCAUCCUGCAGCUUUUGGAGACUGGUGCACAGUUUAGCACUAAAGGCGAGCAGCAGGAUCGCGAAAAGCACACGCCUAAUCAACAAUGCCCACACCAGGGGGUCCAGCAACUACAGUUGGGAGAGAGAAUCCGUAAGGAGCAUACGGGACCGCCUGCUGAAGCAAAGAGCUGUUCUACCCGCUGGCAGUGCCCCUUUACAAUGGCCAAAAGGCUUUUGCUGCUGCUGAUUCAGCUUUCCACUGCCACAGGCCUUAAAAGAGCUUGCGAACUUUAUACACACCAGCCACACACACAGGAUGAGGGCUGCACAGCCGGAAUCGCUUGGGGCAUCCCUCUUCUCUCGGAAGCUGGAGCAGCGUCUUGGCUCUUUUGCAGCCUCGUGCGAGCAGCAGCAGGUAAUCAACAUGUAGCAACAUCCGCAGGAGCGCCAGCAGUAGUAGGACUCUCAGACGGAACAGCUUCAGCUGCUCUGCGGGUCGUGCAGACUACGGAAGACGUCCAUCCAUUUUCCUUGCCAUUUGAAUUUUUAGGGGCUCCGGAAAAGGCUUUAGCUCAUGGUUUGUGGUGGCAAAGGAUCUGCUGCAGUAGAAUGCUACAGCAUCGCAGUAGGCAGCAUGUAUGGCAUCAAGCGGAGCUGUUGUUGCAAAGCACAGUAGAAGCCGUCUGUUCGGCUUUAUCCCGUGUAAAUCUACCAAACGAACAGCAAACCGAUCAACAGCACCGCCAACAGCAUCAAGUAUCCAAAAGCUGUCCUAGAUGUAGGUCCACUGUGGCAGCAGUAGCGCUCUAUUUCUGUUGCCAUGCGGCAACUCGCCUUGCCCACGGCACCGUUCAACAGGGAAAGGGUGGAUUCAAAACGUGGGCCUCCCAGACUUUCUGGAGGGUAACUCGCAGGCCCCCUGUGGUCACAGAGACCUCUGCCUUGCUUGUAAAGGCACUCAAAGCAUUGCCUAUGAUAGAGGGGUCUCAUACGCACUCAGCAGCCAGUAGCUGCAGUGCCACCAGCAGUGGCAGAAGCAUGAGCACAAGGGGCAGUGCUACUACUAUUCGCUCGCGAGAGUUGUGCGCUUUUGCUAUUCGGCUCACAGCUGUAGAAGUACUUCAUCUAUUAGGUCCUGCGGAGAGAGAGAAGGCAACAAGGAGCCUUGCGCGAGGAUUCGAGGAGUGCCUGCUUCUGCCGCCUUUGUGCGUAUUACGCUCUAUCGUACAACAACAGCACCACCAGCAACAGUUGGUAAGUCAGCCCACUCAACAGCACUGCCAAAAGGAACAUCAGUUUGACCAGCAGCAACAACAUUACGGAAAGGAGCAGCAGUGCCCGCCCGGAACUGCUCGUCCUGCGGAUGUUUGCCGUCUGAUUAGGCUGUCGCCUCUCUCCCCUUUGCUAGGGGCAGCAGCACGGCACCUAGGCUUUGGUGCAGCCAGAGAGCUGUCGGCUCAGGCAGAAAUCUCUUUUGCUGCCGAGUCUAGUCCGGAUCAGAAGCAAAAGGAGGAAGAAAACACAUUGUGUGCCAGCUUCUACAUGUGGAGUUGUAGGUUGCAUGCUGCUUGCGUCUUAUUGGAGACGUUGUCUGCUCAUUCUGAUGUUUCUGCCAAUGCUGGUAUCCCCUCGGAUGGGGUUCGUGCCACAAUUAUGGAAGUGGAGCUGCUGCUAGGGUUUGUUGCUUUGUUUGUUGCUGCGUGUCUUCGUUGCUGCCUCCCUCCGAUAAACAUGUCCCCCCAGCCGGUCUCUCCCAUGCAACAGCAGCAAGAUCCUCAGCAGCAGUCGCAGCAGCAGGAAAACUGGGCCCGCAUUGUCGGGUCUGCGCUGUAUGUACAUCUGGCGGUGCCUGCAGAGGCAGCAGCAGAGGCUGCAGCCAUGGUGCCUUCCCUUUUGUUGAGAGCAGCUGAUGCUGUUCCGCUUCCUUCGACGACUAGGCGGCUUUUAAGAGACUUUGCCGUAGCGGCUUUAAGUGGCAGCUGCAUGCCUCACGCACUUGCUGCAUUCCGCAGCUACGGCAGUAGCAUUUACUUUCCCGAAACAGAACUCUUGAAGGGAGUACUGAGGAUGGGAGGCCCUCUGGGGCAAGCCGCUGCCACAGCAGUAGCACGGGGAGCCCUUGCCCGACUUGCACUCGUCCUUGAAACUCUUUCUAGCCCUCCGCAGCCAGUGCUGCUGCUCCUUUCAGAAUUCUCAGCUCAGAAGCAGGUUCGGACGCUGUUGGCUAAGGCUCUGCACCUAGGAGCCAUCGGAGAAGCAUUGAAGGCAUUUGCUGCUGCGGGGCAUUGCUGCUGCUGUGCCCCUGAAACCGCAAUCAUGGAGAUAUCACUGAAGGAGCACGACUGGAGCAGCAGGAAGCCCAAUAAAUCGGACUGCUCCAUGCCGCAUCUUUGCCUCAGCAACCUCCUUGAGUUAUUACAGCUGGCCCAGGAGUACUCUCCAUCCGCCGACUACCACCAAUCAGCAGUUCUGCCAGCACCAGUAACAGCAGGGGUGGCAACAAAAACGAGAGAUAGGAUUCAAGAGUCUUGCGUUCUGGUGAAACGUUCCUAUUGUUUUCAGCAGAAACAACGGCAGCAGCAGCACUGGCAGCAGCUGCAGCAACGCCUAAUCGAUGGAGUCUCUGCGUUGCUCUUGCAAUGCAUCCUUGUUAGAGGGCACCAAGGCUUGAGACUGACGGCGAUGCUGUUGCCGGAGAUCAUUACUGCAGCAGUGGCUGUUGCUACCGUAGGGGGAAAGAUGGGGUCCUUCCACAAGCUGCUACAGCUGUUUGCCCAGGACUCCCAGUUACUGGGUGUCCCUUCCUUCAUGCUACCGCAGCAACAGCGACAACAGAAAGGGAAGGAACUGCAACGAUUGCUGUGGACUGCCUUACUGCAGCAGGUGGAAGCAGCAGCCACAGCAGCGGCGGCUGCUGAAUCCGCAGCUGGCGGCACAGCGAAUUAUGGAGAGCACGCGCCCACGGAAGCGCGCAGUCAAAAGGAAAAGGCCAUCAUUACUUUGGGGUUUGCGGCUGCACCACUACCGGUCAGAUGCUGCUGCCGCUCCAUUGGCAGGUCAUAA